AUGCACGAGAAGAAAGCCACACAAUACUUGACUUUCAGGCCACCCAUUCUACUCCCAAGGCAGUCACCACCUCCAUUUUAUCAUAGCACAGUAGAGAAAACCAGAAGAAAAAGUUUCUCUGAUAAAUGCAGUUCCCUACUGAGAGUCAAACUAUAUACUGUGGCAGAGCUUCAGUCAGCUACUAACAGCUUUGCGGAAGAAAAGUUGUUGGGCCAAGGAUCUCUUGCUUCUAUUUACAAAGCCGAGUUUCCUGAUGGCCAAAUUUUGGAUGGAAAGAACAUCAAGAUGUCCGGACUCUCUUUCCAUGAAGAAGAACAAUUCCUGGGCGUCAUUUCCACUGUUUCUCAGUUGAAGCACCCGAACAUUGUACCACUUGUUGGCUAUUGUGUGGAGCGUGGACAACAUCUUCUUGUGUAUGAAUAUGUUGGAAAUCUAUCCCUUGAUGAGGCACUUCACAGUGAUGCAUACAAGCCUCUGUCCUGGGGCCUCCGUCUCCAAAUUGCUCUUGGUGUUGCUCAAGCUUUAAACUAUCUGCAUUCCACAUUGUCGUCUCCAGUAGCUCAUGGAAACUUGAAGAGAGACAAUAUCUUACUUGAUGAAGAACUUGCUCCUCAUAUCUGUGACUGCGGACUUGCUAUUUUGAGGCCACUUACAAGCAAUAGUCUUAAACUGAAGGCUUCAGAAAAUGUUGUUGGUGACACUUGCUACAUUGCACCUGAGCAUGUCUUACCAGGGUUUGAUAAGACAAAGAGUGACAUCUAUGACUUCGGAGUGCUGCUGUCGGAGCUCUUAACAGGAAGGAAACCUUCCGAUAGUUCAAGACCAAGGGAAGAGCAAUCACUGGUGAAAUGGGCUUCAAAGACAGAGAGUCUGGCUGAGAUGAUCGAUCCAGGCAUUAAAAAGGCAUCUUCCUCCAAGGCUCUCUCAAAUUUUGCUGAUAUUAUCUCCCUCUGUACACAGGAAGUAUACCCCAAUCCCCGGCUUAGAACGAUACCUACUUACUCAUACUACAAUUCGAUGCAGGGUUUUAAAUUGGCACUCACUUUGAGUGUAUCAAAGAGUAUGAAGGGAAGGAAACAGAAGAUUCCAGUGAAAAUCCUGGGGAAAACCGAAAGGAUAUUGAGAAAUAGGAUGGCCUCUGUAGUCAAGGUGCUGUGGAACCAUGAUGGGAUGGAAAGAACGACUUGGGAAUCGGAAACAGAGAAAUUGCAUUCAGGAGAAGACUACAUGCAUUCAGGAGAAAUUGCAUCUGCUUUACUUUUUCAAGGCUAUCCAGCUCUCCCUUUUGCUCCAUAUGAAGUACAACCCAAUAUGUCAUCUUUAAUGCGCAUAUCAGAUGCUCGCAUGUGA